AUGAAGUUGAGCUAUGGUGGACGUGAAAGAGGAACUGCCACAGACGUUCUCAGUGAAGUACCUCGGGUGGCGGGAGGCGAGGGGGCUCUGGGGGGUGAAGCACACCCGGAAGCCCGUGGACUCGAUGGUGGCCGCGGCGAAGACCCCAGGGGCCACCCCGCUGACAAUGAUGUCCCUCCUGGUCACCACCGAAGGAUGCACCCUCUACUCCCCGACAUCGAGGAAGCCCUUCCCGAUAGAGGUGAGGGAACGAUCUCUUAUGGCGUUCAAGACCUGGUCUAUACCAGGGUGUUCUGCAUGAUCAUCGUUCGAGACGUCGGAGACACCAGAAACCCGUUCGAGUGUCAUGGAUUCGUUUGCGAGUCUCGAACCUCCGCCCGCAGGCUGACCUAUUGCUUGGCCACGGCGUUCGCGGAGUACUCCGCCCGGGUUCGAGGCUCCGGCGGCCAUGGCACCAGGGUCUGGGACCCUCCCAAGUUCGCCGUCGACCUCCGCACUCCUGAGGAGCUCAGGGCAGACAUUCGAGCUGACUCAGAAGCCUGAGACCAUAUUCUCAUUACCUAAUCACCUGCUUUUUUACUAAUGCGGAUUGUAAAAUAAACGCUAUAAUUGUAUAUAACAGUAUUUAUUUUACAGGAUUAUAUCUGUCAUAAAUGAAAAAAUUCUUCAGCUCUUGUACUUUUAAUUUUAGAUAUCCAUCAUUGUCCAUUCGCCUGAAAAAUGAGUGAUUAGAAAUAUAAUAAAACAUAAAAAGAUUUAAAAAGAUUUUUUCCAGCAAUGAUUUUGAAUGGUUAUUUAAGUUCUUAAUUCUUAAAAAAAAAUUAGCGUGAUCCUUCUCUCUGACGUAUUAAAAUUUUAUCAGCAUAAGUUUUGUUAUUUUCUUGGAACUCUGAUAACUGUUUGUUUAAUAACUAAUUUAAUUUAAGUUGUAGAUAUUACAGGAUUAUAAAAAAAAAAAUGAAAUAUUCUAAAUAUAUUUCUUGGCAAUGUUACCAUUUAUCUAAGGGCCUGAUGAUAUGAUGUAAAUGUAUACAUGCUUUGAAGUAAUAACCUUACAGUAAUUGUAUAUAAUUUAUUGUUUUAAUUAUGCAUAUUUGUGAUAUCUAUUGUAUUUGUCCAUAAUAUUAAAAUACCAAUAAAAAUGGUUAUUCAGUUUUGUUUUGAAUGGUCUUUGUUUCAUAACGUUCAUUCAUACUUAUCAUUGUUCUGUUUUUAUCAAUUCCUUUGUAUAUAUAGAUGAUUUAUUAUUACCAAAUUAUUUAUUUAUUUUCUUUGUAUUAGUAAUUAUUGAUUAUUUCAAAUAUAUAGUUU